UAAUCAGAGGAGUAGAAUCUGCCAUCCAUUUUGACCUAAGAGGGAACUUCAAUGACAAACCACCCUAGAGCAGGGAAGAUUCAUCGGCUCUUUACACGUCUUUAAUCAUUAUUGGUUUUCUGGUUUUUUUUUUUUUUUUUUUUUUUUCAGUUUUCCCUAUAUAAAAAAUGGCCAAUUAAUGAUCUCUUCGCGUCGCAGCCACUGACCUUAUCCUCUCCAACCAACAAAGGGAGGAGACCAGCAAGAAACCCUUUUCAUUUCCAAUCCAAACAGCUCCUUUCUUCACUCUCAGGGAGGAGAAGAGGAAGGAGGAGGAUCAUGGCUGCUCCUAUUUCUGCCAUCCAGCUCCUCAUGACCUGCUUUUUGUUACUUUUUGGGGCCAUCUCCACCUUUAAUAUUCAGGUUAUGGCAGUGGAACAAAUUCCCGAGCUCAAACUCACCUCUCGGAUUCUUCAAGAUUCAAUUGUCAAAGAAGUAAAUGAAAAUCCCAAUGCUGGAUGGCAAGCCGCCAUGAAUCCUCGAUUUGCCAAUUUCACGGUUGGUGAAUUUAAGCGCCUUCUUGGAGUCAAACCAACGCCUAAGAAGGAAUUGUUGGGUAUCCCUGUUGUAAAACAUGAUAAAUCCUUGAGGUUGCCAAAAAAUUUUGAUGCAAGGACAGCUUGGUCACAGUGUAGCACCAUUGGAAGGAUUCUUGAUCAGGGUCAUUGUGGUUCUUGUUGGGCUUUUGGUGCUGUUGAAGCGCUAUCUGAUCGCUUUUGCAUUCAUUUUGGCAUGAAUAUCUCUCUUUCUGUAAAUGAUCUCUUAGCAUGUUGUGGCUUCCUAUGUGGAUCUGGUUGUGAUGGGGGAUACCCAAUUGCUGCUUGGCGAUACUUUGUAUACCGUGGUGUUGUCACCGAAGAGUGUGAUCCAUAUUUUGAUGAUACUGGCUGCAACCAUCCUGGUUGUGAACCAGCAUGGCCUACUCCAAAGUGUGUGAGGAAGUGUGUUAAGGGGAAUCAGCUGUGGAAACAGUCUAAACAUUACAGCGUCCAUGCAUAUAAAAUUCACUCCGACCCACAGAAUAUAAUGGAAGAAGUAUAUCGAAAUGGACCAGUUGAGGUGUCCUUUACUGUUUAUGAGGAUUUUGCUCAUUACAAGUCUGGAGUCUAUAAGCACAUUGCUGGUUCUUCGAUUGGAGGUCACGCGGUUAAACUUAUUGGAUGGGGAACAACUGAUGACGGAGAGGAUUACUGGCUUAUCGCCAAUCAGUGGAAUAGAAGCUGGGGUGAAGAUGGAUACUUCAAGAUUAGAAGAGGAACAAAUGAGUGUGGAAUUGAGGAUGAUGCAGUUGCUGGUUUGCCUUCAACCAAAAAUCUUGUUAAAGAGGUUGUGAAUGAGGAUGGUCUGGAGGAUGCCUCAGCUUGACAUUAGGUUGUUUUACUUAAAGGGCGUGUUUGUUUAUGCACUCUCUCGUGAUAUAAUAUUAGAAUAUAUUUGUUACAAGAAUGGAAUCUGAAUCCUGCUAUAUUAUGGGACUGUACGAGGCCGAAAUGGUCGGUAAAACUCCAUUGAAUGUGGUAGCAACUUGCUUGUAUCCAACAUUCAAUCUCAAAAUGGUCUCCGCAAACUCCCAUGGAUAUUUUACCAAUUUCCAAUCUAAGAUAAUAGUAGUUAUGGCGCA